AGAGAGAGAGCUUUGUAAUCGAACCAGAUCUCUCUCUCUCUCUUCUCUCUUCUCUCUCUUCUCCCAUUUGAUUUUGAAUAUUCAGCAGCAAGCCAAAAUCGCACAAGUCGUCUCAGACGGCCGCGUUGCAUCGGACCACUUGUUCGCUUCUCUUUCGUCAUCCAUCUUCCAUCAUCUCCUCUCUCUUUUACCAGCUCCUUUCAAAUUGCUUCUGAUCGGAUUAUAUAAUACAUCCCGGAGAAAUCAACAAGGAGGAGAUAGGAUUACACGAGAAGAGAGCGCUGUUCUGUUAGACCAUAGAUUUGACUUCAAUUUAGCUUCCGAUUUCAGAAUAUUUUAGGGUUAUUUUUGUUUUGGCUUCUACAAGGGGAAUGGAGUCGGACAAUGGGAAGGGGUUGAUACUAGCUGUAGCCUCAAGUGUUUUCAUUGGUUCUAGCUUCAUUCUUAAGAAGAAAGGUCUCAAACGAGCUGGUGCUAUUGGCACCCGAGCAGGGUAUGGAGGUUAUACAUACUUAUUAGAGCCUCUUUGGUGGGCGGGCAUGAUCACAAUGAUUGUUGGAGAAGCUGCAAACUUUGUGGCUUAUAUUUAUGCACCGGCUGUACUCGUUACCCCUCUUGGUGCUUUAAGUAUAAUCAUCAGUGCUGUUUUGGCACAUUUCUUAUUAAAAGAAAAACUUAAGAAAAUGGGAGUUCUCGGAUGUGUUUCUUGCAUUGUCGGCUCCGUUGUUAUUGUCAUACACGCACCAAAGGAGCAGACUCCAAAUUCUGUUGAAGAAAUAUGGAAUCUGGCUACUCAGCCAGCUUUUCUUAUCUACGUAGCAAUAACCAUGUCAAUUGUCCUCGCUUUAAUUCUGCAUUUUGAACCCCUGUGCGGCCAAACAAACAUUCUGGUUUAUAUCGGAAUAUGUUCGUUAAUGGGUGCUCUCACUGUUAUGAGCAUAAAAGCUAUUGGAAUUGCGAUAAAAUUAACAAUGGAGGGAGUAAGCCAGAUCGGGUAUCCACAGACGUGGCUUUUUGUCAUGGUUGCAGCAACCUGUGUAGUUACACAAUUGAUUUACCUAAACAAGGCUUUGGACACAUUCAAUGCAGCAAUUGUUUCUCCAGUAUACUAUGUAAUGUUUACAACUCUCACAAUUGUUGCUAGUGCAAUAAUGUUCAAGGAUUGGUCUGGGCAAGAUGCAGCCAGUGUAGCUUCUGAAUUAUGUGGAUUCAUAACUGUGCUCACAGGCACAAUGAUACUACAUGGCACAAGAGAAGAGGAACAACAAGCUUCUUCAGAACAAGUAAGAUGGCACGAGUCAAGAAAGAGCAUGAACGAAGAACAUCUGAUAAGUCUGUACAGCCCUGAAUACUAGGAAGAAGAAGGUGCCAUCUCUAGACUCCCAAUAGACUGAAUGAAAUUUUCCAAAGACAAGCCUCAGGGAUCUUAUAACUGAUCAAUCAGCAUAUCUGAGAAGAGUGAUGUCGGAUUCGUUUUUGUGUUGUUUGUGGUCUCUGUACAGACAAAAGUUUGUCUAGUUACAACACUUCACAUUCUUUAGUUUUGAUUUCUGUGUAUUUUCUUAGUACAGUACAGGUCUUCUUUUUCUUAUCUGGGCUUUUGUCCCAAUUUACUGUUAUAUAUGUUAUAUGUAUCUUCAUUUUUCUAGGAUGAAAUAUUCCUUAAUUGUACUCGAUUCACUGGAAAAUAAAAUAAGGUAAAACUUCGAUGGGAA